GAGGUCUUAUGUACAAAGUUUGGGGUCGUAGGGUAGGUUCUAUGUGGAGCCAGCAUGCUGAGCCAUCAUAGUUCUGAAAGGAGAGGGAUGAGCAAAGGCAAUGAAUCCCUUUUGACAAUACACCACUCUCCCAGGGUAUAUCAGCCUUCUCGAAUCAUAUUUAGAAAGAUUGGCCAGAACACUGAACGCAGAGAUAACUAGAGUAACUCCCCCCCUCCACAGGUCUUCUUUGAACAGAGUUGGUCUUCCAUUCAGAAACACUGCCUUUGUUGGUGGGUCGGUUACUAUUAGUUACAGCUGGAAGAAAAUUCACCUUGUCAUUAGAAGUGGGCUGACCUAUCAGAUUUAAGAAGCACUCCACAGCAGUGGGAAUUUCAUUGUUUGGCUGAAUUUCCCUAGUGCUGGGAUGGAUUUCUGCGACCCUUUUUCUAAAGACUGUGUAGAUGCUUUGAACCAAACUGUGGCUUACCACCUGCAUAUCUCCUGCGUCUAUUUAGGAAUGGCCUACAGCUUUGUGGUUGAUAAGAAAAUGCCCCCUUUUGCCCGGUUCUUUGAAAGUCAGGCUGAAGCGAGGAGGGAAGUUGCACAUCAAUUCCUAAAACGUCUAUGGAAACGUAAGGGUAAGAUCUGUCCUCCAAUUCAUAAGAAGCCUAGUAUGAAUGAAAUAACCACUCCUACAGAAGCCCUAAAAUUAGCUCAGGAGCUGGAAAGAACAUUAACACAGAUCCUGUUAAAUCUAAACACGAGAGCUUGUCUGGAUCGUGAAUCUGAUCUCUUAGCGGUUUUGCCAUCGUUGAUCCAGAAACAGAAACGGAACGAAGAUUAUUUAAAAUGUCAACUGAGUUACCAGGAAAGAGUGGAAAGAGUAGAAAGACAGAAACAAAAGAACAUCCAGACUGAAAAACCUUCUACUUCAUCAGGUGAAGGGAUUUAACUUUGAAAGGCAAAGAAGCAAACCGGAGAUCAUAAAGUCAGUGAUUUAAGAGUCUUCGUCUCCCAGUUGCUGAAGACUGCUUUCUUUCCUUUUUUUCUAAUGCUCAUUUUUAAAUAAAAUUAAAUCUGUUUUGCA